AUGAAUCAAAACGAAUCUGCUACCGAAACAACUAACAUCUCCUGUAACUUAUUCAACCAGAUUGGUGUUAAAGUCAACAAAAGUGACAUCGACAUUGCUCAUCAUGUCAGAAACGCGAAACCGGAACCAAAACCUAUCAUAUGUAAACUUGUUAGACGUCUCACUAAAGAACAUAUCAUGACAGUCCGAAAGAACGUCUCUGAGCUCAAAGCUAGUGACAAUGGUUUGCCGACAGAUAGUGCAUUAAGACAUGCCCUUAUUCUUGAUCACCUUACACUGCAAGUACAAUAUUGCUUGGUGAAGCAAAGAAAAUUCAAACUCGUAAUGAAUAUAAGUUUUGCUGGGUAA